AUGGACACAGUACGAUGCAAGAUCCAGGAACAAAUGGACACAGUACGAUGCGAGAUCCAGGAACAAAUGAACACAGUACGAUGCGAGAUCCAGGAACAAAUAGACACCGAAAGAUGCAAGAUCCAGGAACAAAUGGACACAGUACGAUGCCAGAUACAGGAACAAAUGGACACAGAACGAUGCGAGAUCCAGGAACAAAUGGACACAGUACGAUGCGAGAUCCAGGAACAAAUUGACACAGUACGAUACGAGAUCCAGGAACAAAUAGACACCGUAAGAUGCAAGAUCCAGGAACAAAUGGACACAGUACGAUGCCAGAUCCAGGAACAAAUGGACACCGUAAGAUGCAAGAUCCAGGAAAAAAUGGACACAGUACGAUGCAAGAUCCAGGAACAAAUGAACACCAUAUGA